GCCUUCAGUUAAUUCGAAUCUAUGUGUUUUGACACAGAAAAUUGGACGUCUAAUGCUUAUUGGCCUAAAUCGACCAGAUAAAGGUAAUUGUAUCAAUCGUGCAACUGCUGCUGCUUUGAAUGAUGCAUUUUACAAUCAAUUUGAAAAAGAUGAUGAUAUAAUUGGAGGUGUACUAUAUGGUGAAGGUAAAGACUUCUGUCUAGGUUUGGAUAUUGAAGAGUUGACGGAUUAUCUAAAACAAAAUCCUAAUUGUGAUAAUACAUCGAUAAAUAGACUGUAUUCUACUUUACCUACAGAUCCUAGUAAAAUGUGCUUUUCUAAACCUCUUGUUGCGGCAAUCACUGGAAAAGCUGUUGGUGGAGGUUUAGAACUUGCAUUAGCAUGUGAUCUUCGUGUUGCAGAAGUCGAUUGUAUUCUUGCCUUACAUAAAAGAAAAUACUGUAUACCUAUGAUGAAUAUGGGGACAAUACGCUUACCAGCACUAAUUGGUUUAUCUCGUGCCUUAGAUAUGGCAAUGACUGGACGUGAGUUAAAUGCAAACGAAGCUUUGCAGUUUGGAUUGGUCAACCGUGUUAGUCCCACUGGGACAGCUAUUGGUGUUGCAGUGAAAAUUAUCGAUAGCAUAUGUCGUCUGCCAGGAUUAUCCGCUUUACAUUCUGACCGGUCCAAUUUACUGAGGGCUAGUCUUUCUUCGGAUAGUUGGAAGAAAGCUCAUUUAGAAUAUAAUGAAGCAUUAAAUGCUUUCAGAAAUGAAGGAAUUAACGUAGUUCAAGAAAGAAUAUGCAAUCAAGAAACUGGAAAUGAUUCUGAUUCGAAAUUGACGACGUGAUUGUUAUCCUUCUCUAUUUUGACAAUUUGUAUCACAUGAACACACAUGUAUUUUAUCACCAAAUAUAGUCUAUUUUACAUUCUUUA